ACAGCACAACGUGGCUCUCCUCUAACUGUUAAGAAAUAAUUCAUACGUUACUUACAUUCAAGCCAGCAGUAAUUAUUCAGCUUGAUGCAUUGAACUGAAAGCAUUAUCGAGUCAUUUCAGUGAGUUGGCAUUGGCUGUGGCUAAAAACCUAGUGAGUUGCCUUCCUAGACAGCACUCGUGGACAUAAUAAGUGAUUGGAGAAUUUUUAGGCAUUAUGAACCUAUGAUGCCCCAAAAUGUUGUUCGCUUCUAUGAUACCCAACAGUGUUGUCUAGCUAGUCAGCUUGCAUGGUUUUGAGACACCACCAUGUAAGAAGGCGAGAAAUAUCAAAGCCACUCCCUCCUCCCCGGCCACUGUCUCCCGCUGCCAGCAGCAGCAGCUCACUAUCCGUCUCUGCGUGCGGUUCGUGUACGCUUAUUGAAAAUGGACCAGGACUGGCGAACUUUAGCCACCCAACGAGCCGAAUACGUGUCCGACCGUCUCCGCGGGCUGAUGUCCUCCGGUCUGGACUUCCUCCGGGCCGAGCUGGGGGUAGAGCUGGGCAUCCGGCCGAAAGAGUUUCCGUCGUGGGUGAUUCUGAGCGCAGCGCUGAGCGUUGUGGCACUACUGGUGCUGUUCGCGGCCUGUGGUCGAAGGAAGCGCCGAGCGGCCCCCGUCGCUGCUACCGUGACUCCCAGCACCACAACCGACAGCCAGGUCAAAGCCGCCCUGCCACCCAAGACUGUGAAGACCGAACCAAGCGAGCCGAGGAAGAAGAACAAAAAGAAAACCGCUGACAAGCAGAAGGCCCAGGCGAAUGGACAGACAGUGGCUGAACCUCAGGAGGAAACCCAAGUCCCUGAAGAGAAGAAAAAAAAAGCUGCACCUGCACCCACACCAGCACCAGUUCAGCCACCACCUGCUGAUCCAAAGGCCAAGAAAAACAAGAAGAAACCAAAACCAGAGGUGAAGUCAACCCAAGAUGUUUCCUUCACCGAUGGCAAGGAACCUGAUGAAGCAGGUGCUUGGGAAACGAAGGUCAGUAAUCGAGAGAAACGUCAGCAACGCAAAAAAGAGAAGGGCCCUGGAGAUAGCUCUGGGAGCCCUGAAGCUGGUGAUCGUGCCAGCCAGAAGGUGGAGCAACCGGUGGUUGCAGCAGCAGCAGCAGCAGCAGGCACCAAGAAGAACAAAGAAUCAUCACGUGCCAAGAUGGGAAAAACUGACGCCAUCGUACCCCCAGUGUCAUCAAACUGGAAUGAUGUGAACUCUGUAAAUGGAGGAGGGUGGACUGAAGUGCCAGUGAAGGCCCCAUCCCAAAUGAACACUUCAAACAACGAGAAGUGGUCUGUUGGCAGAAAGAACCGUGAUAACUCCACCUGGACACAAAAAUCAGAGGGGCCAUGCACUGGUAUGGAUGGUAGAGCUAAACCAGAUCUGACCCCAAUAAACUAUUCAAUGCUUAGAUUGAACACAUCAGGUGGAGAGACUGGGACUCAACCUAAAAUUGAAAUGGGGCAAAGGGACAAGGUCACUGCCGUUGACAAUGAGUGGUCCAGCUUCAAUGGUCUUGCUGCUGUGGACCCGAGUUCAGACUGGAACGCUCCAACUGAGACAUGGGGAAAUUAUGAGGAACACAAAGUAGAUGCCCCUGCUCUGAAAGAGACGUCAAUUUCUAAGCCACUUGGGGAAUCAAACGAUGACAAGGACAAGGCAGAUCCUGCUGGAAGUGCUAAAUCCAAGAGAAGAAAGAAAAAGAAGAGACCAGAUGAAGAAAGUUCAGCCACUGAGGUGACCCAAGAGACUUCUGCUCCUGCAGAGAAGAUUGUGACCGUCAAAUCCAAUUCUCCUUGUGUGCCAAAGGAGGAGGUAUCCAAGCCAAAGGUCCCUCCACCAUCUUCACAAAAGAAAUCUGAUCAGAACUGGGAACCACCGAAGCAAGUUCAGAAGAAAAAGGCCAGGAGAGAGACAUGAACCCUGAAUAUCGUCCAGGAUAGCUUAUGCAAAUAGAUUGAUUAUGCAAUAAUUUCACAGUACAGAAUUUCAUACUGAAUAAAUUUACUGUGCUUUCAAAAAAAGAAAAAAAUCCAAAAUGGCAACAAACCGUGAGUAAAGGUGAAACAGUCCAUGGACUGGAACACUACUUAUGUGCACUAUUAUGCUACACUGAGGUUUUUUAAGGAGUAUUUAUCCUCCUUGAUAUCAGACACACUUUCAGUGGGGCAAAACAUUCAUGAUAAUUUUUUCCAACGGCUACUAAACUAAUUUUGAAAUGUUUAUAAUCCUGAAGUUGAACAGUUGAAUUUCAUUUUGAGAAAUUUUGAGGACAUUUACUUUGCAUCAAUUACUGUUCCUGUGACACUUACUGAUGUACUGCUUAGAUGCACUAAAAAGUGCUGCAGUUAUGGAAGUGUUGCAUUUAGUGUUAGAAGCCACAAGGGGGCGCUGCAAGUCAGCAAUUUCCGCAGAAGUGCUUCUGUGAUGUUAGCUUGAGCAGUAAGAGGUUUAUACUGUGGUGAAAAACAAGAGAACCAGUUAUAUUACAGAGAAUUUUCUAAUGCUAAACCUAUUUUCUUAGAGCUUUUCUUCCAUCCUGGUUAUAUAUUUUACCCAUAUAAUUGGGUCCGUGGAUCUUGGAGAUGUUUGGAGUUACAACUCUUCCCUUAUUAUCAACUCUUAGUUGAUUCAAAUGCUUUAUUUCUCGCAACCUAAAGUAGAAAAAGCCACGCCAUAUGUAUAGAACUAUAAGGGCUUUUUUCUAUGCUAAAACUCUUUGUAAUUGCACUGUGCUGAAGGUUGUAAAAAUCCCACAUGUAUUUACUUUUUUUUAUUUUUUUUAUCUUGCACAAUGUGAACAUCUUGUUCAUUUUUGUUUUGACUGAGUACAGUUGUAGAUUUAUUUGAUUUUGUUCUGGAAAGAUCAGCAAUGAUUAGAGCAGCUUUAAUUCCAUGACACUAAAACAAGUAUCAGUAUCAGGAAUCUGUUGCCUUAAUCUAUACUUGGUAGUGUAUGCUCUUUGUUCUCAAAGUCUUUUUAACUGGAGGCGUGGCGUUCGCUUUCAUUUCAAAUUUGUUUGAUGUCAGUGUAGCACUUGCAUGAACUUAACCAUUUAUAGUGAUGGAAAACGUCCUGAUUCUCUGUCCACUCGGGCAAGUACCACUCACUGUAAAUAGGCUUUAAUGAAUGAUGAAUGAGAAUGGAUGUGGGGGGAUUUUAAAUGCAUAUUCUUAUAUGGGUUGACUUAGUUGUGUUUUGCCCAUAGUCAUUUUGUAAAUUUUGGUAGAUCAUGUUUUUCUGAGGCACUCUGGGCUUGCAGACGCCUGCCUUAGUUUAUCAUUCUAGGGUUACUCAUACAAUGUAUUUCUAUCAGUUUAUGGAUUAAAGAAUGAUCAUGUUUACUUAGUCAAUGCAAUAUUUCUAUGUUGAUUUGUUAAAUAAAAGGAAAGUACAA